AUGACAUCUAGACUGAUGGAAAAGAGCGACCUAGCAUGCGAACAGUGUCGUCGUCGCAAGUCAAGGUGCGAUCGCCUCCAACCCAAAUGCGGAUCCUGCGUUCGGGCCGACACACCGUGUCUCUUCACAGAGGAGAGGCCAAAACGUGGUCCAAAAAAGGGACAACUUCGGGCAUUGAAGGCACAAGUUGGUAAGUGCUCCAGAUUUGGAAAGCCAAUUUGUCUCCUCAGAACUGAACAUUCUCAUCUGCCCGCAGCCGUACUGGAAAGACAGCUCGCGGAGCAAAGCAAGACUGAGACUACCAUACCCGAUCCUGGCAAUGACCCUACACGUCCGCAUGAUGCGGGUGAAAUAUCCUCUAGCGUCCCUGCGAGUGAAGACAUGAUUACGGGAACUGUCAGCUGGCUGGAUGAUUUGGCCGCUACCUGGGACGAUCAACUAUUAGAGCUUCCGGAAAUAUCUGGUUCCACAGCAGAGUCGCCAAAGUUGGCACCCAUGGCAGAAGAUCCAGGCUUGUCUGACAUGGUCCAGGCUGACUUGGAUGCUCUGUACUUUGAAAGAGUACAUCCAUUUGUGCCGAUCAUUCACAAAGGACGAUACUUCUCCUGGUGCAGCCAGCAAAGUCCCUCGCCAGUGCGUAGGUCUCUACGUCUUGCAAUGUGGACCAUCGCGGCAGCCAUGUCCGCCCCAUUCCAGAAUCUCAGUGAGGGGCUGUAUGGCGCCACGCGGCAGGCCCUUCACGCUCUAGACGGCAACGAUCACGAUCUGCCCUGGAUGACAGGUGAUAUCCAGCUUGAAGAAAUUCAGGCAUGGCUAUUGCUGGCUCACUACGAGUUCAUUCGUAUGGAAGCUCACCAUGUACUGCUCACAUCCGCGCGUGUGUUUCGUUUGGUGCAGCUCGCGCAACUCCACGCAGUCGAUGCUGCCACCACAAUGGCUGGCAAAGAAGUACAGAGUGCUCCCCUCGCUUUCUCAGAAACACAGCAAUUAUUAGAUGCAAUGCUUGAAGAAAAGAGACGAACGUUUUGGGCAGCGUUUUGUUUCGAUCGGUUACUGAAUGCCCAUGACAGUUUAUCCUUCACACUGCAGGAAGAAGUGGUAAGUCCCCCUGUACUCUGGCCUUGA